AUGCCCUCUCGUAGCCGGCGUGCUGCCAAGUUGGGGCGGCCACCAAGAGACAAAGAGACGUCCUCCCUCUUUCGGCGUAAGACAUGUGAAGUUUGGAUUGCGCGUAGAAAUAGCACGUCUAAGUGGUGCUUGACAGAAUCAAUACAGCGGGGCCGAAAGCAAUCCGUAGAAACGCCAAGUGUGUCAGUUUCUGCCGAGUAG